CUUUCGCAGGUGGUGCAUGUUCGGAAACAGCUUGUAAUGUGCAGGACGAACUGAGAUUGUCGAAUGUUACCAGCGUAAUUUAUUUCCCGUUUGGUUUUGACAUUCACCGAACAGCAUGUGCCAAUACACGCACGGCGUGGUCGCGGGCGUGUUUUUAAUUUCACCCAGGCCACUUUCUUCUGGUUAAAUGUACAGUGCUGCAUUGAGUGUGUGCUGAAUUACGGGUGCUAGCUGUGUUGUCUGCAUUGAGAAAAAGAGAGACUGUGUCUACAAUGAGAAAGAGCGAGAGCAUGUCCAUGCACUGCAGAGCUUGAAUGAAAUCCGUCGUUAAAGACAACUUCCCGUACAUGUAUUUAUUUAUUCGCAGGAUCUCUCUGUUUUCUCCAACAAGCAUCGGGGUUUGAUUUGGUCAUGCCUUUUGUUUUAAUUUGUGAGACAAGACUGCGGAGCCAUUUGCACGAUGAUAAUGAUUCACGACUGGACGGAGUUUAAAAAAUGAGGAAGCAUUUUUUUCUAAAGAUACUAAAAAGAUAGAGAAGAGGCCUCGUCGUCCCCUAGGCCGUGAUCUGUGCAUGGGAAAGGGGAGAAGAAAGAAAGACCAAACGAGCCUGAUGAAUAAAAACCGAGUGAAAUGGAGCACGAGACACGCGCGUGGGGAAAUAUGGACCAUAUCAAUAAUGACGGCGGCGUGCGCGAGAACCAGAUCGAUCCGAACAAAAUGAAGCACUUCGCCUCUUGAGCAUUUAAACUGAUAUUUAUUUUUUUUAAAUUUGCAAUUAAAGGGAGAGGGCAUUCCCGUGUGUUUUGAGAGUUGAAAACAGCGCUCAAGUUCCAUGCAAGUUCUCCUCUCCGUCGUCUUUUGAUUCCUUUCAUUAUUUUACGUCGUCUUUUGGGGGGGUGGGGGGGGAGGGAUAUUUUUGAUCCGGAUCCAUAGCGUUGAUAUUAUUCAAUGGAAUUAUGUUAUCAGUUACCGGUUUUGCCUCUAGACAGGCCGGUUCCCAAACAUGUUCUCAGCCGGAGGGGAGCCAUCAGUUUCAGCUCCAGUUCAUCUUUAUUCGGAGCCCCCGACCCGAGGCAGCUGUCACAGAGACGUGGAGCAAUCUCCUAUGACAGCUCUGAUCAAACUGCUCUGUAUAUUCGCAUGCUAGCUGUGACAAACAAAACAAUCAAACCCUCAUUCGUGUUUACACCAGGGGCUUGUGUAAUAUUCAAACAGCUGUUUUCAAGAGAUGUGAGAGUGAGAAGUCAGGUAGGCUUUGAACCUGAACGAAGAGGCUCGCACCCAUACCUUGGCAUCGAUUUCCGCACUUUGCACUCCCGUGCUGAGUCAGCAGGGUCGAUCCCAGUUCGGAGAAUACAGAGGCUCUUUAGUUUUCAGCGACACCUGCUUUCGUCCCGUCUGCUACGAGGACCGCCACACCUCAACCCCCUCCACAUUCUGGAUGAGGACUACUGCGGCCAGGCCAAGUGUAUGCUAGAAAAGGUUGGAAGCUGGAAUUUCAACAUAUUCCUCUUUGACAGACUUACAAAUGGUAACAGCCUCGUCUACUUGACAUUUAAUUUGCUGAAUCAAUAUGGCCUCAUUGAGCUCUUCCAGUUAGACAUGGUUAAAGUGCGUCGCUUUUUAGUUCUGGUACAAGAAGACUACCACAAUCAGAACCCGUACCACAAUGCAGUCCAUGCUGCUGACGUGACCCAGGCCAUGCACUGUUACCUGAGAGAACCCAAGCUUGCCCAGUCCCUCACAUCAUGUGACAUCCUCUUAGGAUUGCUGGCAGCAGCCACACACGAUCUGGACCACCCUGGAGUCAACCAGCCUUUCCUCAUCAAAACCAACCAUUACCUUGCAGCUUUGUACCAGAAUACCUCCGUUCUGGAGAAUCACCACUGGAGAUCUGCAGUGGGUCUGCUGAGAGAAACCGAAGUUUUCUCCCAUCUGCCCACCGAGGACAGUCUGAGUAUAGAGAGGCAGCUGGGCUCGCUGAUUCUGGCCACAGACAUCAGCAGACAGAAUGAGUACCUGUCCCGCUUCAGGACUCACCUAGAUGAGGAUGACCUUUGUUUGGGAAACGCUUCUCAUCGACAUUUCAUUCUGCAGAUGGCCUUGAAGUGUGCAGAUAUCUGUAACCCAUGUAGACCGUGGGAGCUCAGCAAGCAAUGGAGUGAAAAAGUUACAGAGGAAUUCUUCCACCAAGGUGACAUUGAAAAGAAGCAUAAACUUGAAGUCAGUCCACUGUGUGAUAGUGAAGCCAACACCAUAGCCAGUGUUCAAAUCGGUUUCAUGACCUACGUGGUGGAGCCUCUGUUUGCCGAGUGGGCGCGUUUUUCGGACACCCGGCUCUCUCAGACCAUGCUCGGCCAUUUGGGCCUGAACAAGGCCAGCUGGAGUGCCAUGGAGCCCGAGGCAUCGGGAAGCUCAGAGGAGGGGGAAUCCGAGCCGGCCCAAGUCACUGAGGAGCCCAGUUCCAGAGCCUUAUCUCAGGGAAGCCAGAAGUCAUGACACCCCAACGCUUACAUUGGGGAGAACACCUCUACUGCCCUCAGCCAGACAUCUUACAUCACAUUUGAGUUGCUCACCACCCAUCUCUUACCAACCACUGAUGAAUAAUUUUUCUUUUGUUGGUUUAAUUUUAAGCUCUCAUUUACCCCCUUUGACAUAGAGCAAUACAUAGAUACCUCAUUUGGCUACUGCUGCAAUUUUUCCUUUUAAUUAUUGUGAUGUAUUUAUUAAAUACCUUCUUUGUUUUUGGUCAUUACCAAUUCAGCUUUGAUAGAGACUGUAAGGAAAUACAGGGGUAAGAAAGAAGCCCCCUCCUAUGGAUUUUAAAUGCCAUUUUGAAACAUUUGCUCUGAAAGUGAUUUGCAACACCUCGAGGAUUUAUAGUAGAGGUUUUUACAACUGCACCAAGAGACAGUGUGUAAGCGUGUGUGAACGUGCUAGUGCUUCUGCAAAUCAAUCUUCCUCCUUUUGUACAAAAAUUACAAAUGUGAAGAGCCCAGUCCUUUUGCUGCCUCUGAAGACUGUUUACACAUUUUGUUUUCUACACGUUAGUUCUAUAAUUUAUUGCCUUUUAAGCACAGACGUAAACCACUUGUACAUUUUUCGAAGACUACUGCUGAUGUUCAACAAAUCGAUUGGACUUCAACUCUGUCUGCGUGACACAUCGAAUGCCAUUUGUAUCUCUCUCCCCCCAUAGACAAAGCCCAUGUGUUAAAGGAACAUAACUCCUUGAAAGGUGGCAAACGUAGAGACAAACCCUUUCAACCGUGGAAGAAGAAUCUUGUAGCUAAAAAGACUCUCCAUGGAUUCUGCUCAGGGUUUCAUCAACCUGCUUAUUGGGAGAAACAAGAAAGUUAAGGUGCCUUUUGUAGGUAGCCACCACCCUCUCUCUCUGUAUUUUGUAAAGGAAGGUAAGUGAUCCUUCUCAGAAUGUCUCAAAAGCCACUCGUCUCUUUGGAAGACUCUACACGAUGCCUUAAAACUAUGCACAAAGCUAAGCAACCAAACCAACUGUUGUUUUAAUUUUAAACUCAUCACAUUGUCCAUUUAGUGCACUGUCUGACCCUUUGCCUUUGUGUCGUGGAUAAACCUUUUUUAAAUAUAUAUGGAGGAGAAUUGGUUUCAUUUUAUUCUAAACAUUGAACAUUCCAUUUUUUUGUGUUGUUUUGGAUUCUGUACAGAAUGAAGUAGUUUUUGUGCUUCUCAAAAUUUAGAAAGAGAAGAGGUGCUUUAUUUUAGGUGAUUUGUAUUUUUUGUUGUAAGUGCUGUAAGACUGUUGAUUUAAAAAAACUGUUUACAGUUUGUUGUAACAGCCAUUUUGGGGAGACGAUCUAUGUGUCAAGCCAUUUUGUAAAGGCUUUGCCGUAUAACCUUUUGAUACAUAUGUUGCGGUUGCAUUUUUGAUGAAUAAAACUUGACGAAAUGUUUCUCUGUUA